CACAAGUGGUUCUACUGGAAUGCCAAAAGCGGUAGGUCGAAAACUCGCUCAUUAAUCUGUGCUUAAUUUCUCUUCUUUUGCCAGGUUCGAGUUCGCCAUCAGAAUUUCACUAACUGUAUUCACUCUUUAACUUACAUUGAUACAUUCAACGAGAAGGACACAAUUGUACAAAUGGCGCGUUGUUCUUUUGACAUCCAUGUUCAAGAAAUAUUAGGCACCUUGAUGACCGGAUCCACAUUAGUCAUGCUUCGCCCACAUGGAACAAUUGAUUUAGAAUAUCUCUCUAGAGUCCUUGGAAAGAAACAAAUUACAUAUAUGCAUACUGUGCCGACGCUGCUUUACAACUUUCUCGUUUCGAUCAAAGAGUCCAACAACGGAGAAGCUGUACAGUAUCUCCGAUCCCUUUGCAGCAGCGGUGAGCCAUUCGCCCUCAAAGUACUCGAUUUAAUCAUGGAUAUUGGUAUUCAAAACGCCUGUACAUGGAACUUGUAUGGGCCAGCCGAGACAACCAUCGGUUGUACAUUACACCUCGUACAUAUAACAGCUGAUAAAAAGAGCAUUGCUAUUGGUGCUUCCCUGCCUAAUUAUAAAUGUACUAUUCUAGAUGAAUUCUCACAAUCAGCUGCUAUUGACCAACAAGGUGAGCUGUUAGUGGGAGGUGUGGGUGUUUUUGAUGGUUAUCUAGGACGUAAUGAUUUGACAACAAGAGCACUUAUUGUGAUAAACGGUGAGAUAUUUUAUCGAACAGGUGAUCUUGUUCGAAUGGAUAGCGCUGGGCUUCUUCAUUAUCAAGGAAGAAAAGAUUAUCAAAUUAAGUUGCAUGGACAACGUGUUGAACUUGGAGAAAUCGAACAAUGUUUACUUAAUACAUUAAUUUCCGCUUGUGUUGUCAUCAAAUGGGAUGAUGACCAUUUGGUCGCUUAUGUUCAAAGCUCUAAUGUUGAUGUAGAACAACUACGCCACCAUUGCCAAUGUCAUCUUCCACCUUAUAUGAUUCCAUCAAUAUUUGUCGUUUUGGAGAAACUACCUUUAAAUGCAAAUGGUAAAAUAGAUCGAAAACUUCUUCCGGCACCCUCUUCCUAUUUCUCUAAUUCUCUACAACGGAAUCAUACAAAUAGCUUACAAAUGAAAAAACCUCAUGAUGAAAUUCAAAUUACACUUCAUACUCUUUGGUGUGAUAUGUUUCAACAGAAUCAAAUUUCAAUCGAUACUAAUAUCUUUACUAUUGGUGGUCAUUCUCUUCUACUUAUGCAACUUUAUCAUCGAUAUCAAACAACAUUUCACUUAAAAAGAAAAUCCCUCUCUAUUAGUGAUCUAUUUCAAUAUCCAACAAUUAUUCAUCAUUCUCAAUUUAUUCAUCAAGCUAUGAAUCUUGAAAAACAUUUUGAAGAUUGGUGGUCUCCUUUACAUCUCAUUCAAGCUCCAGCAUCAUUUGCUCAAGAAAGAAUAGUUCUUGAUGAACAAAUUCGUUUUUCAUCCAAAAGUAACAAUGGAAUAUAUGCCAUUCCACUACUUUUUCGUGUAUCAUCUGUGAAGAAUGACGUAUCAAUUACUCGAUUACAUCAUGCAUUACAGUUUGUCAUCAUGAAACAUAGUAUUCUUCGUACAGCACUUCAUAUCGAUAGUAAUGGUAUUAUUAUGCAACAUUGUUUGAAUAUGAAUAUCAAUAAUAAUAAUAUUAAACCAUAUGGAUUUUCAAUAAUUAAUCUUCAUGAUGAUAAAGAUCGCAACAUUGAUAAAACAAUAACAGAGAUCAUAAAUAACUCUGAUUUAUUUGAUUUAGAAAAAGGAUGUGUUAUUCAUUGUCAUAUUCUUCGUCAAUAUCAUUCGGAUGAUAAUCUUUCAUUUAGGAAUGAUGAUCUAUUGGUUAAAGAUGAUUUAAUAUUGUUUAACAUUCAUCAUUCAGCAUUUGAUGGAUCUUCUUUAUCAAUUUUUCUUUGUGAUUUUUCUCUUGCUUAUGAAACUGAUUGUUCAUUGCCUUUGGAUGAUAAUGCACUGCAAUACAUUGAUUAUUCUAUUUAUGAACAUCAAAUGAAUAUGACAUUAUCACGUGACUUUUGGCAAUCACAACUUAGAGGAUGCAAUCUCGAAUGUCAACUGUCUUUGCCAAUUGACCGACGACGUUCAUUGACGGAUCAACGAUCUGGUUUUGCUUCGAUAGCUAAAAUCUCAUUCGAUGAUGAGAUUUCCACAACAUUUCUAGAUUAUGCCUCUACACAUAAAAUGACACCAUUUCAACUAGGACUGGCUACAUUUUAUGCAUUUCUAUUCAAAUUAACUUAUGGUCAAAGUGACCUCUGUAUUACUUGUCUCAAUGCCAAUCGAUAUAGAAGUGAAUUACAAAAUAUGAUUGGAAUGUUUGUCGCAACAUUACCUUAUCGUAUUCAAUUUGAUUCUCAUUGGUUAUUCGAUGAACUUGUCAAACAUGUACAAGAUAAAUGUUUGUCAAUUCUCGAACAUUCUCAUUAUCCAUUACAAUAUAUUCUUGCUGAUUCUCAUCUCAAUCAAUCGAAUGUUCCUUUUCUGGAGACAGUGUUUGACUUUGUCACAAUUUCUUCGAAUAUGAAUCACUUAUCUUUGAAUGAUGCAACUUUAGAACAAGUAUCAUUAGAACAGUCAUUUGAGAUGGCUCCAUUUGAUUUCAUGUUGACAUUUAUUUACAAUCCAACAUUGAAUGAUGAUGCUGCUAUUGAACAAGAAAUGCCAAUGACUGCUGCGAGUAUCUUUUGGCAUGAAACUCUUUAUGAUUGUAAUCUAGAUCAAUCUUUACAGUUACCAUUUGAUCGGUAUCGUCUUUCUGAUGAACAUC